GCUUGACAGAAACAAUCCCACAGACAAAGCUGCCAAUGUAGCCAGACACAGUGAUGCAAUGAUGCUGCUUUGAACCCAUGAAUGACGAACUGGAGACCUGCUGCGUUUGCCUUGAUGCUUUGAGCUCCGCCCCAUCAUCGAUCCUUGUGUCAAGCUCACAUCGAGUUUGCCACCACUUUAUCCACACUUUAUGCGCCGAGAAGCUGAGUCCACGAAAGUGCCCUCUAUGUCGACAGUGCUUUGCGCACGUGUCAGUCCCUUUGGACCAGCGAUGGCUGUCGUCCACAGCACCCGAGGAAAUCAUUCGCGGCCUCCGUCGUCUUGAAGGACUGCCAGAGCCAUCUUCAAAUGAGGUGGAGAGGGCCCCAGCGCAAUGUGUCAUUGAGAUCCUUGCGGCAACACUUCCUAUACCCGAGGAGAUUCUAAUGCAGGAGCUUCGCACCCACGAGGAAACAAUUUCAGCCGAGAAUUUCAGUCAAAUACUGCUUGGCCUGGGAAUCCAACCGCUUCAACCACAAAGGAUUGGUGAAAGCUUGGUUCCAAGACACAAGACUCUGGUGCGGUACUCUUCAUUGCGACGCACGUACUGGAGACUUCGUUGGCUUUCCUUAAAAGCCUGUGGUGCAGCUGGUGCGGGAUGCUCGUGGGGUGCAGCUGGACUCUCAGCAGGCGUGCUGCUGGGUGGUGCAGCUGCGAUUCCACAUCGUGCUUUGCCUGACAUGCAGACCCACGAGAAUCAGAUGAUCAUGGCAAUCAAAGCAGCUUAUUUCGGCGGAUUGCUACUCUAUUACGGUAUGCAGCGCUUGGAUCUCGUGGCAAUUGGAUUGAAAGUGGGUUCUGCAGUGGGCGUUGCAUAUGGUUUCUUCCAUGGCUUGGCAGUUGUUGAUCCAGAGAACCAUGGCUUUCGAAGUGCCUUUUGGGCUGGCCUGACGGGCUUCUCGAGCACUCCUCCCUGCCGCAUCUACGGCAACCAAAGAGUUGCGUGGCCUGGUCAGCCAAAAGAACUUUAGCGGUGAUUUCUGAGGGUGGCGAUUAUGGUGUUCUCCGUGUACAGACCAACACUGCCACAAAAAGCUUAAGAGCGCAGUUGGAACACACACAGAGUUGAUUCUGACGUGUUCCAUCCAUGAUCCUCGACAAUGUUUCUUAGACGGAGGUCUAUUGGAGUGGCAUAGCAAAGCUCUACCGGGAUGCCC